CGAAUGGCCGCUCGUGGCGCUCGCGUCAGUCGCUCGUUGCUUCCAGUCGUUUCUCUUGGAACGACCGCACCCCCCUCGCACGCCCCUUUUAUGUUUUCUUCGGUCUUGUGUCUUGAACAUCAGAGCUUUCAAUGAUGGUUAUCAUUGCCUGAGAAGCAGACAAAUAUCUGAAAUGUAUUGCUUGGCGGGCGAUGAAGCAGUUCGGGCAACGAACGAUGAUGCCAGCGAGUGCAAGAGAUGUGCCGUCAAUUUGGGCUACUGGCAGGACAAGUUCAUAAAUUUUUUCAUCAAAGCAGGCGAGAGGAAAGCUCCCGAAAUUAAUAGGGGCUACUACGCUCGUUGUACUGCUGUUAGUCUGCUGAUUGAGAAAUUUUUACUGAAAGCAGGAGCAGAGCAGUGUCAAAUAUUGAAUUUCGGGGCAGGAUUUGACACUCUCUACUGGAGACUGAAAAGUAAUGGCCAUAUUGUGAAAAACUUCAUCGAAUUAGACUUCCCUACUGUGACUGCAAAGAAAUGUUAUGCCAUCAAGAGAAACAAAACCCUGCUUGAACAGAUACACUCGGAGGAUGGAGAGGUCAAGUUUAGCCCAACUGAUUUACACGCAGCAAAUUAUCACCUGGUCGGUGUUGACUUGAGGCAGCUGUCAGAGGUCCAAAAGAAAUUGGCGGACAGCGAGAUUGACUGGAAUGCACCAACCCUGCUGCUCGCUGAAUGCGUCCUUGUAUACGUUGAGCCUGAGCACAUCCGAUCUCUUCUCUCUUUCCUCUCCUCGAAACUUCCCACUGCGUAUUUCAUCAACUACGAACAAGUCAACAUGGAAGACCGUUUUGGACAGAUUAUGCUGUCCAAUCUGCGAGCCAGAGGGUGUUCCUUGGCUGGGGUGGAUGCUUGCAGAGAUUUAGCGUCACAGCAACGGAGGUUUCUGGACACCGGCUGGGAUGGUUCAAAAACGUGGACAAUGGAAGAAGUGUGGAACGCUCUUCCCCGCGAGGACAGAAACCGUAUAGAAAAGAUUGAGUUCCUUGAUGAGAAUGAGCUGCUGCAGCAGCUAUUUCACCACUAUUGCAUAUCUGUGGGCUGGAAAGAACAAGGGCCGCGUCUUUCUCUGUCAGAACUCCAGUUUGACUCUCAAACUUAAUUAUUCAAGUCUGACCGACCAAGUAAUCAAGUCUAAUCCUUGUUCAUGGGAAUGUUUUCAGUUAUUUUAAUUUUUCUCCCUCAUAUCGCCCAUUUCUCAAAAGUCUGCGUUUUAAUUAUGUUGUGAUAUUUCCACUGAUUUGUUCCACACAGCAGUUCCAGUGAAUUAAGUUUGCUGUAGUUUGGGAAAAUAUCGGUUGCAAGUGCGAGAUAAUUGAGCAAUAAAGUCUAAAAAGGUAUUGAAACGUACAAAUUGUAGAAUUGGGUCUGUAUGCAAACUAUCAACGGAUUUGAUGUGGCCGCCCUAGCUGAAGUGAAUGCUUGCAUUUGACUAAAAGUUAUUUUUAAUUUUUGUCACUGCUAAUAAAACCAAAGAAAACUCAAUAA